UCUAAGUCAGUCCUUUGGUAUCAAGGGUGAUUUGGUUCCACCCCAGUACUUGUGGGAUCUGAGGUGGCUGAUGAGACCAAUGUGAAACUCAAGGACUCUUUCCCAGACAGGCCAGAGAGUGGCAGGUAGGGUGGGUGGUUUGUGAGGCACUGAACUCCUUACACAGAGCUUCUGUGUGCUCCUGAUGCACCAGUCAAACUGUCAAGUUGCAGGUAGACAGGGUGGUGAAGAAGGCGUUUGGCACGCUGACCUUCAUCAGUCAAGGGCACUGAGUAUAGAAGUUGAGACAUCAUGUUGCAGUUGUACAGGACAUUGGUGAGGCCACAUUUGGAAUAUUGUAUUCAGUUUUGGUCACCCUGCUGUAGGAAAGAUGCCAUUAAGCUGGAAAGAGUGCAGAGGAGAUUUACAAGGAUGUUGCUACGACUCGAGGGACUGAGUUAUGGAGAAAGGUUGAGCAGGUUGGGAAUUUUUUCAUUGGAGCAUAGAAGGAUGAGGGGUGAUCUUAUAGAGAGGUAUAUUAGAUAAGAUAAGAAAAGAUCAGAUAUCUUUAUUAGUCACAUGUACAUUGAAACACACAGUGAAAUGCAUCUUUUGUGUAGAGUGUUCUGGGGGCAGCCCGCAAGUAUUGCCACACUUCCAGUGCCAACAUAGCACGCCCACAACUUGCUAACCUGUACGUCUUUGGAAUGUGGGAGGAAACUGGAGCACCCGGAGGAAACCCACGCAGACACGGGGAGAACGUACAAAUUCCAUACAGGCAGCGGCUGAAUUGAAUCUGGGUCGCUGGUGCUGUAAAGCGUUACGCUAACCGCUACACUACCGUUCCUGCUCGCCUGCCCUGUACCGCGCCUGCCCUAUAAGAUCACAAGGGGCAUAAACAGGGUGAAUGCACACAGUCUUUCUCCCCAGGGUUGGGAAAUCAAGAACUAGAGGGCACAGGUUUAACGUAAGGGUUAAGAGGAUUAGUAGGGAUCUGAGGAAGAAUUUUCUCACGCAGAAGGUGAUUGGAAUCUGGAACACAUUCCCUGAGGGGGGCUUUGCAGAUAAAGACUCUCACAACAACAAGACGAACUCUUGAACUGCUGAGAUAUAAAAGGCUACGGAGCAGGUGCUGGCAAACAGGAUUGGUACAGGGCUCGUGGUUCGAGGUGGGGUCCACCAGUCACGAACUUCACUCGAGGUCCCAGCUGGGGCUAGCGUGGAGCUGGGCUGCCGCUUCGACGAGCCGGCGACGUUGCCGAGAAUGGCCGUCUUCCAGUGGGAUCUUCCCGACGGCGGGCUUUACAGAGUGGUGCCGGCAGGCAGGGUGGGAGGCAAGGCCAGCCAGCGAGUGAGCCUCCGGGCAGACCUGAAGUCAAGGAGCAGCAGGCUGACCAUUACCAGGGUCUCUCCAGAGGACAACGGGCGCUAUGUAUGCAUCGUCCAACUCCUGGAACCGCUGCCCAUCGUCCAAAUGAAAGGGGGUGGGACGCACCUUCGCAUUGUCCAAGAAUCCACUCCGAUACCAGGCAGCGUCUCCCAGUCCCCUGCCUCCCUCUCGGUGAGGGAAGGCGAGACCGUUAACCUGACGUGUACCUUACGGACAACAGCCACAAAGGUAGAGGGGAUGAAGUUCAUCUGGAGGUGGGGAACGUCUUCAACCACUUGCUCUGCAGUGACCAGCGAUUCCGAUUGGUGGCAAUGUGCUCCGGUUCCCGAUCCAGGAAUCCUUGUCACAACUGAUUUACAAACUAAAUCCUCAGAGUUCAGAAUCACUCGAGCUCUCCUGAACUACACCGGAACUUUUAAGUGUGAUGUGGUGAUCACCAAACCUCUGGCAACGGUGAUCUUACAUGGAAAUGGCUCGGUGGUACUGGUUGAAGAGUCCCCGCUGACGGUGUCCCAGUUCCCCUCCCUUCUCCCGGUGGCGGAAGGAGAAGACGCCAGGCUGACCUGCGUCCUCCAACAGGCAGCCGCGGACGUGAGGAACCUCAGCUUCACCUGGGUCACGGACAGAGCCGAGGUGUCCUGCCCCGUUGCGGCCCCUGGAUGGGAAUCCAAUCGGUGCGACGGUCUGGACCCAAGAGUCUCCGUGGCAGCUCAUAUCCUGAAUAAAUCCUCCAUCUUAACCAUCAAGGAAGCUUCUGUCACGGACAACGGUACCUACAGGUGUCAGGUUACACUCCUCGAUCCCCCUAGGAACCAAACGGUUAGUGGAGACGGCUCGGUGGUUCUGGUCCUCGAGUCCCCGCUGACGGUGUCCCAGUUCCCCUCCCUUCUCCCGGUGGUGGAAGGAGAAGACGCCAGGCUGACCUGCGUCCUCCAACAGGCAGCCGCGGACGUGAGGAAACUCAGCUUCACCUGGGUCACGGACAGAGCCGAGGUGUCCUGCCCCGUUGCGGCCCCUGGAUGGGAAUCCAAUCGGUGCGACGGUCUGGACCCAAGAGUCUCCGUGGCAGCUCAUAUCCUGAAUAAAUCCUCCAUCUUAACCAUCAAGGAAGCUUCUGUCACGGACAACGGUACCUACAGGUGUCAGGUUACACUCCUCGAUCCCCCUAGGAACCAAACGGUUAGUGGAGACGGCUCGGUGGUUCUGGUCCUCGGUGAUGUGAACUCUCCAGGGACCAACGAGUCUGAAGAUGUCCCGCUUCUUCCUGUGAACACGGACUCGGAGACCAGGAGGAGAACAAUGAAGCCCUGGUUCUUCAUCUCCCUGCUGUGUGUCGUCAGCCUGACGCUCGCCGGGGGACUCGGAUCCUCCUACUGGGUAACGAGGAGGAGUGGCAGUGGAGCGGACGCCAGGAUCGUCAGGGAACGCCGCAGCAAGAUUGUGCACGGGUCGGCCACUUCCUCGGUGCCGGUCGCUCUCAGGUGCUGGGCAACAUGGCAAGAUCCCAGAGUGCCUGAAGGGUGUGGCCCAGUCGAGGGAAAACUAGUGGCGGAUGGCCCUGCUCUGUCAGUGGUAUAGACUCGUAGAAGGAGACAGCACGGAAACAGGCCCUUCGGCCCAUCGAUUCCAUGCCAUCCAUCAAUCUCCCAUUUACACCAAUCCCAUUUUAUUCUUCCCAAAUUCCUCUUGUCCCCCUCCCCCAGACUCUACCCCUCACCCACACACUGAGGGGGGUGGGAGGGUGAUUUAUAGUGGCCAAUUAACCGACCGGCCCCACAUAAGUGUUGGGAUGUAGGAGGGAACUGGAGCACCUGGCGGCAGCCCCCACUGCACCCCUCUCUACAGUGGGCCACCACCCUCACCCUCACAUAUUCCAACCCCUCCGUUUACCCCUUCCUUCCCAGAGGCGAUGGAUAACAGUGUGGAGGGAGCUUCACUCUUGUGUCUGACCCCGGGAGUGUCUGAUGGGACGGUGUGGAGGGAGCUUCACACUAUGUCUGACCCCGGUGAGUGUGUGAUGAGACACAAAGUAAAGGGAGCUUCACUUUGUGUCUGACCCUGGGAGCGUGUGAGGGGACGGUGUAGAGGGAGGUUCACUCUGUGUCUGACCUCCUUUCUCUGCUCUAGGACUGUGUGAUGGGACAGUUACAAAGAACGAUUACCCAUUCACCCGUGAAUACACCUCAAUGAGCAGAAGUUCUUGGUAAAGAGGUCACUUGAAUCAGGGAGACAACUCUGGCGUUUAGAAGUUACAUCACGAAAAGGCCAUUUGGCCCUUCAGAAUCUUUCUGCCCCACAAGGGUCUCCCUCUACCCCUCUUCUCCUGCCUCAUCCAUCAGAACAGUCCCUACUUUUUUCCUAAAUCACUUCCCUCGCGCAUCCCAACGACUUGCGGGGUUGGUGGGUUAAUUGCCCACUGUAAAUUGCCCCCAUCGUGCGUGGGUGGGGGUAGAAUCUGGGGGGGAGUUUCUGGGAGUGUGGGGGGAAUCGUCUACAGGGUAGAUGAGUGGGGGAAUGGAGUUGCUCCAUGAGCUGGUAUGGAUUCGAUGGGCUGAAUGGCCUUCUUUUGCGUUGGAAGGAAAAACAGAAUAUGGCAGGUUUAUUGGUGACUGUCAGUCAAAGCGGGUUGAUGAGCUUGAGGGGGAGAACGAUUUGCAAGGGUGUUGGGAUAAGGAGAGGGUGAACGGGAGUGGCAUGGACUCGACGGGCCGAAUGGGUUUCCCUUGGAUGCUCCAGUUUCCUCCCACAUCGAUGUGCAGGUCGGUGGGUUAAUACACCGCUGUAAAUUGGCCCCCCAAGUGUGUGGGUGAGGGGCAGAAUCUAGGGGGAAGUUGAUGGGAAUGUGGGGAGAUUUAGACGGGAUUGGUGUAACUGAGUAGUUGAUGGUCGGUAUGGACUUGAUGGGCUGAAGGGCCUGUUUCCUUGCUGUGUGGCUCUAUGACAUUACCACAGAGGUUUGGGGAAGAAAACAAAGUUGAACAACCACUUCCUCUCUACAGGAAAAGUUCCUUCAGCUUCAUGACUUGUUGCACCAUAGUAUGUGACUAUGUUGGGUCAGAGAGUCACCUGACUGCCUUUACUGUACAACCACCGCCUCUUUAAUGGUUCUGUUAAAUGCGUUCUUGCUGCAGGUACGGUUAUACAUAGAACAUAAAAUCAUAGAACAGUACAGCACAAUACAGGCCCUUCGGUCCACAAUGUUGUGCCAACCUUUAAACCUCGCCUAAGACUACCUAACCCCUUCCUCCCACAUAUCCCUCUAUUUUAAAUUCCUCCAUAUGCUUAUCUAGCAACCUCUUGAAUUUGACCAAUGCACCUGCCUCCCAAUUUACACUCGCAAGUUCUAGCUUUAUAGCCUCAUAAUUUGCCCUUCCCCAGUUAAAUAUCUUCCCGUCCUCUUUGCUCCUAUCCCUGUCCAUGACAAUGCUAAAGGUUAGGGACCAGUGGUCACUGUCCCCUAAAUGCUCACCCACUGAGAGAUCUUUCACCUGACCCGGUUCAUUACCUAAUACUAGAUCUAAUAUGGCAUUCCCUCUAGUCGGCCUGUCAACAUACUGUGACAGGAAUCUAUCCUGGACACACUUUACAAACUCUUUCCUGUCUAAACCUUUGGUACUAAGCAGGUGCCAAUCAAUAUCUGGGAAGUUGAAGUCUCCCAUGUUACCCUAUAUCUUUAAAGUUUUGAUUAACUCCCAUAACCCAGAGUCUUUUCUGGGGCUAGACUAGCAGGGUGCCUGGACUAGUGGGGUAUUAGCUAUUAAAUACCCCAUCAGUGACCCCGACAAGCUUAAAGGCAGUGUGGGAGUGUUUGGCCCCAGGUUAUGCCAGGAAUCUCCCAAUGAGCCCCAUGCUGAACCGUCAGCAUUCCCCAACAAUCGGAUGGCGGAUUAUCAGAGUUUUACUGCACUUGCAUGUUGCAGCGCAGAAAGAGGCCAUUAGGUCCAUUGUGUUCAUGGUACCUGUCCCGUCGGUCCACGACCCUUCACCCUCCUACAACUGAUCCUCUACCACACACGUCCAUUAAAUUCCUGUUGAUCCUUUGAGCCGUUAUGCUGAGGAAGCCAGCUACAGCGGGCAAUUAACCCGCCGACCCGGCACGUCGUUGGGAUGCAGGGGAAACCCGCACGCUCACAGGGACAACACCAGAGGUCAGGAUUGAACUUGAAGCAAGGCAGCUGCACUGACCUUCUACAUUCCAGUGAAUCUAUCCCUGGUAUGUAAGAUAUUCUUGCAACUUCACCCUCGGAGUCCGAAUUUCCUUCUGGAAAACCUGCAACUGCACUCCCUUCCAGACCAACACAUCCUGCAAUAGGUCCAGUGCACAGACCAGCUCACAGGUGUGGAUUAGCCAGAGAUAAGAUAAGAUAAGAUAUCUUUAUUAGUCACAUGUACAUCGAAACACACAGUGAAGUGCAUCUUUUGCGUAGGAUGUUCUGGGGGCAGCCCGCAAGUGUCACCACGCUUCCGGCGCCAACAUAGCAUGCCCACAACUUCCUAACCCGUACGUCUUUGGAAUGUGGGAGGAAACCGGAGCACCCGGAGGAAACACAUGCAGACACGGGGAGAGCGUACAAACUCCCCACAGACAGUGGCCGGAAUUGAACCCGGGUCGCUGGCGCUGUAAUAGCGUCACACUAACCGCUGCAGGUGUGGCACCUUUACACUGGCGAAACCAAACGCAGACUGGGUGACCGUCUCGCAGAAGACACGCACUCCGUCCGUGACCGCGAUCUGCAUCUCCCCGUUGCCUGUCAUUUCAACUCCCCCUCCUUCUCCAUCACUGAUAUGUCAGUCCUCGGCCUCCACUGACGGGAGAAUUCCAAGCGUAAGCUGGAGGAACAACACCUCAUUUUCCAUCUUGGAACCUUGCAGCCUAAGGGCAUGAACACUGAAUUCUCCCACUUUAGGUAAUCCCCACCCCCCCUCCCCACAACACCCCCCCCCACCGUGCUUCUUCUCUUCCCUUUCCUUGACGCUUUUUAUUCUACCCCUUUUUUUAAACUUUCCCUCCCUUGGUGGAUCUGCUCUCCCCUCCUCCCCCGCACCUGCCCGUCACUAUCUCUUACCUGCAUCUACCUAUCACCACCCUGUGCCCACCCUGCCUCCCCUCUUUUGUCCACCCAUCACUGCUCUGCGUUUCCCUCCUAUAUAUCGGGCUUCUCCUUUUCCUAUCUCCAGUCCUGAAGAAAGGUCCCGACCCGAAACGUUGACCGCCUGCUUUUCUCCACGGAUGCUGCCUGGCCUGCUGAGUUCCUCCAGCAUCGGAGUGUUUUUCAUCUGGAUUCCAGCAUCUGCAGUUCUCUGUUUCUCAAGCAUGACGGUCAACCAUGGUUUUACACUUCUUCUGAGGGGAUUCAUACCCCUACCCUGGAUUUCCAACAAAAUCUGGUGGGCCCCUCCUGGACCCUAUUAGUAGACUGAAGACGAGAGAGGAUUUGGGGAAGUGAAGGGGAAUCAGAAGCUUCAUGGAAAUCCCACCCAGUAAGAGGACGGACAGUGAACAGCUUUUCGAUUUCUUUAAUGUAAUGUCCUCAGGGGAAUUAAAGUCGUUAGAAGGAGAGUCUGCAUAGGCUCACUGGGACAUUGGAGACUGAAGGGUAACCUUAUCGAGGUUUAUAAAAUUGUGAGGGGCAUAGAUAAGGUCGAUAGUCAGAGCAACACACAAAAUGCUGGAGGAACUCAGAAGGCCCGACCUAUGUGUGUUGCUCCAGAUUUCCAGCACCUGCAGUCUCCCUUGUGUCUCUGUAGAUAAGAGUCUUUUUCCCAGCACAGGGGAGUCUAAAACUAGAGGGCACAGGAGUGUGUGGGUGAUGGUAAAAUAAGAAAGAACAAUUACUAAAAGUUGAAAGAGAGAGAAAACUCUUAAAGACCCCACCCACCCAGGACAUUCUCUCUUCUCUCCUCUUCCAUCGGGUAGAAGAUACAGGAGCCUGAGGGCACGUCCCACCAGACUCAAGGACAGCUUCUACCCCACUGUGAUAAGAUUUUUGAACGGUUCCCUUAUACAAUGAGAUGGACUCUGACCUCACGAUCUACCUUGUUGUGACCUUGCACCUUAUUGCACUGCACUUUCUCUGUAGCUGUGACACUUUACUCUGUACUGUUAUUGUUUUUACCUGUACUACAUCAAUGCACUCUGUACUAACUCAAUGUAACUGCACUAUGUAAUGAAUUGAUCUGUACGAUCGGUAUGCAAGGCAAGUUUUUCACUGUACCUCGGCACAAGUGACAAUAAUAAACCAAUACCAAUACCAAUAAUAAACCGAUACCAAUACCAAUAAUAAACCAUUACCAAUACAGUCAAGCACAGGCUGAUGUGGCUAAGUAACCUAAUACUAUGGCUGCAGGAACGGGUCAGAGGCGGGUAUCCCUUGGUAAGUGACUCACCUCCCAACGCCCCAAGGCCCUUCCCCAUCUACAAGACACAGGUCAGGAGUGCGACGGGACACUCCCCACCUGCCCAGGUGAGCAUGGCUGCAACUCUCAAGGGAACACCACCAUCUGCAGGUUCCCCUCCAAGUCCCACACCACCCCGACUUGGAACGACCUCGCCGUUCCUUCACCCUCGCUGGAUCUAAACCCCGGAACUCCCUCCCCAACAGCACCGCGGGAGCACGGUCACCAGACGGUCAAGAGGGCAGUUAGGGAUGGGGAAUAAAUCCCUGAAAAUGUAAACAGAGAAGCACACAGACACUGAGUCAACUUUCACAUGAUUCAGUGCAUGACUGCAAGGAAUAUUUAAGCCUUAUUGUGUUGUAAUUUCCUUCAACUUCUAUUACUGCAUCAGUAAAAAUCAGAUGAUGUUUUGACAACUCACUGUGUUCUUGCUUUUCAAAUGCAUUUAUGGGAAUUAGAAUUGGUUUAUUGUCACGUACCAAGGUACAGUGAAAAACUUGUCUUGCCUCCCGUUCAGGGCGGACACAGUAGUGU